AUGAAAGCUGAAUACAGACUAGCAGAGGACAUGAGGCCCAUCGACCAUCUAUUGUUCAUCGCAUCAAAAAGGGGUAAGGAUGUUAUUAGAAUAAAUCAAAAUGUCGUUUUGGCUAGACAAGUAAGGUGUCUUGGAAAUGAGAAGAGGAAGGAAAUUGGACAGCAGUGAAAUCGACCUACCAGAUGACCAACACAGUGAAGUUGUAGAUGAGGGCUACAGAUAGUAUGGGAAUUUCAACAGGACCAGACUAUCAAUACCAAAAUGAAAGGCAAGAAAAAAGCGGGAUAUAUCAGAAGAGUUAAGAAGCUGUGUAGAUCCAAAUUGAAUGGCGGAAGUCAUAUUAGUGGCAUAAAAGCCUGGGCUGUAGAUGUACUACGCUGCCGUGCAGGUAUCAUAGACUGCAGAGUAGAAGAGCAGGUCAGCAGGGAUAGAAAUACUAGGAAGAUAUUGGCAAUGAAAUGCUGUUUACACGCCAGAAGUAAUGUUGCCAGACUGUAUUUACCGAGGUAGGAAGUGAGGGGAAGGGGGGGGUGACUGGUUUUACGAGUGGUAGAGAGGGAGAGCAAAUCCUUGCAUGGCUCCCUGAGAGAGAGAGCACAGAGUAGGUGCUGCAAAUGGCUUUGAGGAAGAACGUGCUUUAUAAAAAGGUAAUCUUCAGGGCUCCUAGAGGACAAGGAAAGAGGAGAAAGUGUGGAGUUGGAAGUAAAAACCCUUCUCUCCAGAUGUGGCUGGAGAGGAGUCCUGGCAAUGGAUCAGGAAUGGUUUUUAAAAUAGGAAACAAAAGACUUGAUCCUCAAGAACAAGCUUCAAGAAAAAAUUCGGUCAAACACGGAAUAGAGAAGACCUAUGAGACAAUUAUACGCAGAUUUUGUUCGCUUCAUUGAAACAGUACAUCAAACUGUCAGCAGAUGUAGGAAGCUUGCCCAGAGAGGACAGAGAGGACGGGGCUCUACGGGUAUACCAGGAACUUGGCGGAAAGUAUGGUUACAGUGUACCGACAAGUGUUUAGACCAUCAAGCCAUAGCAAAUGCAGAGUGCAGAAAAGAGGAUAACUUGGGACAGGAGUGCCUUCCCAGACAAGCGGCUGAGGUACAAUUGGCCAAAUAUUACUAUAGUGCACAAAGGUACACAGAAGUGGCACACAUUGACAUAGCUGGGCCAGUGGACCAGAAUAUCCUUACUACUGAGGUGGAGAAGGUGGAAAGGUAUCAAAACUUAGCGCUCAAAAGUAAAAGAAUCAAUAGUCACGAAAGUGACAAUACUACCCACUGUGAU